GUUUGCUGCGCUGGUGGCUUUGAAAAUAGGGUCUGCGGUGACCCUGAUUUUUGCACAGUUUUGAAGCGUGCAUUGCGGUGGAGAAUAUUUUUUUAUCGUGGUUUCUCGGGGGAGGGUGGAUUGUAAUGGGACGCAAAGUAUCCCGGACGUGAUUUCCGCUUCCUAGGGUGGGGAGAACGGAGCCCCCAGCCCAGUUUCUUGACUCGAUCCUCUUUUAUCGUCGGUCACUCCAACAGAUUUGGAAAAUGGAGGCAAAUCUGGAUAAACCAACAGUUUCCAGACCUUCCUUUCUUUCAGCAGUUGAGCUAUCCCCAAGAACUGGCCCUGUGGAUGCGAGUGAUGUUAAAAAAAAUCUAUACGGUGAUUUUUCUUCAAGUUUCAAUAUAAGCCGGAGAGAGAGCCUGGAAUCCAAAGAACGAAUUCAUGUUUGCCUUCGGGUCAGACCAAUUUUAGAGUUGGAAAAAGAACAUGAUGUUCAGGGUUGUGUUUCUGUGGUUGACUCAACAAGUGUUGUAUUAAAAGCUCCUAAAGGCUCCAAGACAUUUCGUCUUAGUGAAAAAAACUUGCGGCAAUUGGUGCAGAAAUUUACUUUUUCCCAGGUAUUUGGGCCCAAAACAACACAAGAAGAACUCUUUGAUGGUGCUCUGAAGCACCCUAUGUUAGAUUUCCUAAGGGGACACAGUCGGCUAAUAUUUACUUACGGUGUGACAAAUGCUGGGAAAACACACACCUACCGUGGUACAGAUGAAGAUAAAGGCAUUCUCCCCAGGGCGCUGGACAUGUUGUUUAAAAGCAUUCAAAACAAACUGUACCCAGACAUGAAUCUCAAGCCCCAUCGAUGUAAAGACCAUAGAAACCUGUCUAAAGAAGAAGUGAGAGAAGAAAUAUCUCUAAAAAAUUCAUUGCUUCACCUCCUGAAAGAGGUAGAUUGCCACAGCAACAGUAAUAGAACAACAGAUAAUUGUGAAGAUAUGAAAGAACCAGAAAAAGAAGCAGACCAGUCUAACCUGGAAGAGCAGAGAAAUGUUAAAUUCUCUGUUUGGGUUUCUUUUUGUGAAAUUUACAAUGAGUGCAUUUAUGACUUAUUGCUUCCAAUAUCCAUUGACAAGAGAAGAAAAAUGCUGCGCCUGGCGCAGGACAUAAAAGGCUAUUCCUAUGUAAAAGAUCUACAAUGGGUUCAAGUUUCAAACUCCAAAGAAGCUUAUAAACUUGUGAAACUAGGGUUGAGACAUCAGAGCUAUGCUUCCACAAAAUUGAAUGCCAACUCAAGUAGAAGCCAUAGCAUAUUUACUGUGAAAAUGCUAAAAAUUGAUUCAGAAACCACGCGGGUGAUGCAAGUCAAUGAAUUAUUUCUCUGUGACCUGGCUGGCUCCGAGCGCUACACGAGAACCUGCAACGAAGGGGAAAGAUUAAAAGAGAGUGGAAACAUUAACACUUCGUUGCUUAUUCUGGGCAAAUGCAUCAAUGCCCUGAAGAUCAAUCAACAAACAAAGCUGCAACAGCACAUUCCUUUUCGGGAAAGCAAGCUCACUCACUUCUUCCAAGGUUUCUUCAAUGGGAAAGGAAAAGUUUGCAUGAUAGUUAAUGUCAGCCAGAGUCCCUCUGCAUAUGAUGAAACCCUCAAUGUGCUAAAGUUCUCGGCAAUCGCUCAAAAGGUCAUGGUACUAGAUCCUGAGUCUCCCCAAGAAGAGAGGGUUGACCAGCUGUCCCUCAAAGCAGACUCCGAAAUGACCCUUGAUGAUGGUGUGCGCUUACCCAUGAAAAGAGCAACUAUAUUUUGGGAGGGGACUCUGGAAGAUGUGAUGGAAGAUGAAGAAGAGCUAGUGGAAGAUGACAGCGAAGAACACCAGGGGCACUGUUUGGCAGAAGACCCACAUGCAAAAGAGGCUGACGCAACCGAUGAGAUGGAAAAUCAACUCGAAGGCGAAGAUAGCGAUAUCAUUAUCAGAAAAGAAGAAUAUCAGAAGUUACUAGAUAUAAUAGAAGAAUUGAAAAAUAAGUUGAUAGAUGAAAAGAAAGCGAAACUGUACAUGGAGCUAAAAAUUCGCGAAGAAGUUACUCAAGAAUGUCUUCAGUACUUCAAUGCAAAGGAGAGUGACCUCAAGAAGAUUUUUAGCUAUAAAGAAGAAAUAAUGGAGACUACUUGUGAAGAGCGGAUGAGCAUUUACAAAGAGCUAGUGAAGGACUGUAUUGCACUCCCAGAUGGCAAAGCAGGAGCAGAAGAGACUCUUAAAAAGGAUGAAAAAGUGGGAGGAGGUGAAGAUGGAGAACCUGGAAACGUGGCUGAUCUUCCCAGUAUGGUGGGGUCACUGCAACAGAAUGUUGCUGAUAUUAAAAAACAGGCAGAAAUGGCAUUUGGCGUGCUUGAUGCUUUGGAAGAACCUCAACUGACUAUUGAGCGACUUGAAAAGCAACUGACUGAUAUUACAGCAGAGUUAGCCCAAGCUCAUGAGGACCUCUUGAGCCAGAAUAAAGCAGCGGUAAUGCAAGAAGAUAAACUGAAUAAAUCUGCUAAAGUUCUUCAGGAUGUUACUGAGAAAAUGGCUCUACAGAAUAAACACAUUCAGGAGCUGAGUCAAGCUGUGCAGCAAAAGGACAAAGAAAUAAGUCAGCUACAAGCUUUGGUUGGUCACUUGGAAGCUUCCAUAAAAGAUUCUGAGAUCGCCAGUGUGACUAUGAAACAGGAAAACGGCAGUAAAUCCAAGGAAGAAGGUGUUGCUUCAAGAAGGAAACGAUAUUUAGAAAGGGAUGAAGAAGGCCCCCCUUCAAAGCAAGGAUUCAUUCACAGCAGUUCUAAAGAUUCCAUAGACUCAGAGAAAGCUGAUGAAACACGACCCCAUCAUUCGAAGGAAAAGGGAGACAUGGUGACCUUGGAGGAAAAAAAUAAAAUGCUAGAAGCUCAGGUGGCGUUACUUAGAGAAAAGUUAGUAAGAGAGGAAAAUGAGAAGGUGGGAAUUUCCAGUGAAAUAGCUAGAUUGUCUCAAGCUCUUUCUUUAGAAAAGGAAAAAGCUUCUGGCUUGAAUAGGGAGCUCCAGCAACAGCAGACAAUUUAUGAGCAAGCAACACUUGAAAUAGCUAUGCUGAAAGAAGGACAUAAGAGUCAAGAGGAGAAAAUUCAAACUCUGCUUCAAGAGAUAGGUGCUGCUAGCCAAAUUACUGUAGAAGAAAAAUCACAGGUAAAGACACUUGAAGUAGAAUUGGGUUUAUUGAAUAGGCUAGGGUCACAUUGUCCUGUGAUAGAUGUUGACUUGGCAAAUCAAGAAAAUAUGUCAAGAGAUGAGCCUUUGCCAACUCGUAUUAGUGCAGAUCAAAAGAGCUCAUUCCAUUGUAGCGUUGAAGGUAUCUGGAAAAUAAGCCAGCAGAUCAUUAAUGCCUCAUCUCAAAAAAGCAGUUGUAUUGCAGACCUCAUGCAACAGGCUGAGCAGUUACAGAGGAAAACCUUGGAGGCUGAUGAGGAGAAUUCUCAGCUGAAGUUGGAACUGAGCGAAACUAUCAGUCAGAGAGAUGCAUUUGCGCAGGAGAAGACAUCCCUCCUUAAUCAGCUAGGGGACCUGCAACAGAAAAAUGCUUUUUAUGUGGAAAAAUAUAAGGAAGAGGAGAAUAGAGCACUUGUCCAUUCUGAGAGGCUAAAAACAAAUGAGGACUUCUUGGAAGAGUGUAGGGCAAAAGAUGUCAGAAUAGUUUCUUUAGAGCAAAUUGUGAAAGAUAAAGAUUCGGCCAUUUUAGUGAUGAAACAAUCUGUCCAGGACAUGGAGGAGAAGCUUAGCAUUUCAGAAGCUAAAAUCGGAAAAUUCAUGGAUCAGGAAUCACUACUCAAGGUGGAAGUUGUAGACCUGAAGAGACUGAAUGAAGUUGAAAGAAAGAAGAGAGAAGAGUCAAAGCAAGUCACAAAAGAAUUGAAAGAACAGCUAUUAAAGAGUACUGAUCUCUCUUCCCGUCUGCAAGCAGAAAUCCAGCAGAAAGAUGAAGAAUAUGCAGAUCUGAAGGAGAAGUUGGCUGAUACGAAAAAGCAGAUCGAACAAGUUCAAAAACAGGUGAGCACCAUGCGUGCUGAAGAGAAAUUGCUGCGGAGCAAAGUUAAUGAACUUGAGAAGACCAAAGGCCAGCUAACUGAAGAACUAGAUCUCAAGCAGAGGACGAUCCAGCAAUUUAAGAAGGAUGAUCUAAGUAAGAAGCUGGAGGACCUGUCACAGCAGUAUCAGAAAUCACGUGAAGAUGUACGUUGCAAAGAGAAAAUCAUUGAAGACAUGAGACUGACUUUAGAGGAACAAGAACAGACUCAGUCUGAACAAGAGCAAAUGCUUCAGGCCACGUUAGAAGAGAAUGAAAAAUGUAAAGCAGAAUUGAAAGAAUGGGACAAAAGAUACCAUGAACUAAAGGAGCAGAAGAAUGAUCUGAGGUCACAAGACAUUAAUGAAGGCCAUGAAAAAAACACAAACUUGCUUCACGAACAAUUAAAACAAUCACAAGAGAAAUUGGAGGAAUGCAAAGAACUGCAUGAAACAGAUCGUAGGAAGUGGCUGGCAGAAAAGACGCUCCUCAUAACUCAGGCGAAAGAAGCAGAAACUCUCCGUAACAAGGAGAUAAAAAAAUUUGCUGGGGAUAAAGAAUAUUAUGCCAAGCAACUCACAGAAGCAGAAAAACUUGUGGCAGAAAAAGACCAUGACCUUCAAAGAUGGCGGGUAGAAAGAGACAAAUUGGUGGCAGCUCUGGAAAUUCAGCUGAGUUCUCUAAUCUCAAGUAAUGUACAGAAAGAUAAGGAAAUGGAAGAACUGAAAAAGAUGAUAUUGAAAUCUUCUGGGAAGGAACACAAAACUAUCCCUGAAGGAUUGCGUGAUGAUGAUUCCAAGGAACUAAUUGAGAUUGGAUGCAAGAAUGUUGUCACUGCAGUAUUGACUAUUUCGAAUGGAGCAGAAAAAACUCAGGUGGAAGAGUCCAGUAACUCUAAGCAGGUGCAGCAACAUGCCCUAUCUUCCUGUGAUAAGAAUGAUUCCAUGCCAGGACCACAGAUGUGGGACCCCAGUUUUGCUGAUAGAUGCUCACUAGCAGCUUCCAGUCAACCAGAAACAGUCAUCUCUGAACAUGCUGCAAGAUUUAGGAUUCUUAAAGAAAAACAAGCUAACUUGUCAAAUUGCAACACUACUGGAAAUGGCUCAUUACUGCAACAGUCUAGCAAGGUAUCUUCAGGAGAUAAUAUUCUGGAUCAACCAGAUGCUGUCUUAGAUUCUUAUGAAGUGUCUUCUGAGAGUGAACAAAUUAGCCGCUUUCCAAAACCUGAAAUGGAAAUUCAGUUUUCACCUUUGCAGCCCAACAAGAUGGAAGUAAAGCAUCAAGGAAGUCCUUCUACAGUGACUCUUAAGGUACCCAGGACAAGGAAAAGGAAGAGCUGCACUAUGGAUGAGAAUAAUAUGCUGUCAGGUUUCUGGAAAGACAAACUUAGAAAUAAGGACAUUUCUGAUCUGAGUCAGGACUCCUUGGAAAAUGAAAAUGAAAAGAAUGUAAAAUUGCCAGCUAAUAUGAAUGUAUGGUCUGAUUCAUUAAGGAGACAAGGAAAAAAGACUGCUCCUCCUAAUCCCUCUGUCAGAAAGAAUUAUUCCUUAAGAAAUAAACAUGCAUCAAAUAUAAAAUCCACAGCAUCCCCAGGUGGAACCCUACAAAAAUUUGGCAAUCUCUUGCAGAAUUCUCCUACAAUCAUACAAACUAAAGCAAAGAAGCUGAUGGCAACAAUAAAAUCUCCCAAAUCUACUGAUGAAGAAACUGUUACAAAAAAUGAUGACAAACCCAAGAAAGCUAAGCGAAAGCUACACUCAGUCAAUAUUUCUAAUCCUGUUGAAUUUUCUGGUCAUGUGAUUGUUGAGGAUCAAAAGGAAAGCGAUCAUGAAAUCAUCAAACGACGACUCCGAAUGAAAAAAAAAUAGUAAUAUUCUUUUCAUGGGGAAUCAUGUAUAGAAUUGUUCAAUAGAUGUUAUCAAUGUUGUAACUGCUACUUCCAUUAUUUUCAAAUUGUUGGUGUAGAUAUUGAUAUUGCUGUAAAAAGGAGCGAAGGGAAAUUAAAAUACAUUGAAGAUUC